AUGGUAGCGAAGGGGAGACGGAGCCAGGCGACCACGCACGACAAGAGACAUGAGAAUGGCCUCGCAGCGCCCGGGAAGCGCAUCAGCAAGCAGCGCAGCAACCCGCACCUCAACGGCAACGCCAAUGGGAAGCCCAACCCGCCGACGCCGCCGCCCACGAGCAACGUAGACAAUCCCAUGACGCAGCCGGCCGCCGCCGCAGCAUCUUCUGACGAAGCCGCUGCCUUCGCAAACACCACGGCCGUCCCGGCUGCGUCCAUCAGCACCGCCGAGGAUCGCGCGCGCGCAGGCUCCAAUGUGUCGCUUGAUGGCCUCGAGGCCUGCCGCCACGCCCUCACGCGUACUGCUGCCAAUUCUGCCAAUGGGACAAAGACCCCGCCCGUCUACAUGCCCAAUAUGCUCACCGUUGCCACCACCAUUCUCUCGUCCUGUCCUCUGCGGGACGUUCUCGCCAUACUCAUCAUCCUCCUUCAGCUGCCUCCCACCGUCUUGACCGUGGUGCAGUUCCUCUUUGCAACCCUCACCUUCGUCCCUCCCCAAGCCGGAACCCCCCUCUCCGCCCUCUCCGCUUUCCCUUCCUUCACCGAUAUCUUCCAGGGCUCCGGUGGGACACCUUCCCUUUUUACAAUCGUCUUCGCUGAUGCCCUCAUACUGGUGCUCUGGCUGGUACUGUGGGUCCCUGUACAGAAUUUCUUCUUGGACCUGGCGCAGGCCGUCAUUGCAAUAGCCCUUGGGGGUGCCGCAGCUGGAAAGAAUGGUACGACCAACGGCAUUUUCAUCUGUUUCGUCAUCAUUCUGUCCAAUCAUCUCUUCAGAUUCAGGCCUCUUCGGCAACACCUUCUCCACUUUGUCUAUACGGGGCUCGCCCGGGGAGGCCUGGAAUUCUUGUCGAGCCCUCCGAUUCGUAUCAUUCGGCGAUCUCUAUCUCGACGUGAAGCAGCACAAUCACUGCCCACCGGCAAGAAGACUGACCCCGAAGCCGGCGUCCACCUCCAGCGCGCUUCUACCGCCACCAUCGAUUCCAACGCCGAAGUUCCCAAUUCUUCGAGUACCGAUGGUCGUCCGCCUGGGCCGUCGCCCGCGUCGCAUACACACAAGGACAAGGCGAGUAGUAGCCGGAGGAAGAGGAAGCAGGCUACACAUGUUCGCAGUCAGCAGCCGUUUUGGGCUGCACUUGCUAGUACAAAAGUCACUGUUCUUAAAGAGAUGGAAAGCAGCCGAGCGGCGAACGACGCCGGGGAGGCUAACGCAAAAGACGCUAAUCACAUUGGAAACGCUGUUUGGGGAUCGGAAGACGACCGUGUUUGGAUAUCAGAAGUCGGACAUUCCGACAUUUCUUUUCGUGUCAGUUUGAGUGGGAGUGAAGAUUACGACGACGUGCGGGAGCAGGGUGGGAGCAAUGGAUCGGGUAUUGACAAGUCGAAGCCUUUCUAUAUACGUGUCAAUGGUGCGGACUGGAGUUCGACCCGGAUUCGGUCGACCCUGCCGGAGGGGUAUCCGGGCAAGGAGAAGAAUGGCAUAUGGGUGGGAGAAAUCUUCGGUCUUACGGGCCUCUCAAACUACCACUGCGAGUUUGUGCGGACCAAGGACCACGAAGUCUUCUAUUCCACUAGCCUGAUUACUUCUCCGAGCCCGGUCACAGAGCAAGCAAUCGCCUCCGUUGCAUCUCCGCCACCACACCAGACUUUGAGACCUUCGUCGCCUACAACGACAUUGAAGAACUCAAUCGCCUCUGCUGACCAACAGUUGCAAGAGCAACGCAAUCGACUGAAGCGGAACAAAAAAGACCACAAAGCUGCACUCACUGCCAUCAAGAAAGAGGUCGAUACCCUGGGUACUCGACUGGCAAACGCAGGAGGUAGUGACGAGCGCCAGCGCCAGCGAGUCAUGCAAUUUACACAGAAUAUCCGCCAAGCUGAAGAUGCCGCUGCUGAUAUCGCUGUCAAGAUCAGUUCCAUGGGUGAUAUCCCAGCCGAGGAAACGGCUGAAGCUUCUGUGAAGAAGCGUGAGUGGAAGCAAGAGCGAGACCACAAGGAAGCUGUGUCGAUCGAAUUCGAGAAUACCAAGACAGAAAUCGAACGCCAGGUCCGCAGCGUUGAGUCCGACAUCAACUCGGCCAUCCAAAAGAGAGAACGCCUUCAACAGCGUCAAGCGAAGCUCAACGAUCAGCACGACCGCCUCAUAACAGCCAACAAGGAGGGGUACACCGCCAAGCAAAGAAAGGAGCAGGAACGCCUUGCGCUUCAUCAAGAGAGGCUACAAGUUGAGGCCCAGUAUCGCAGCAACAUCAAUAGCUUUGAGCGCCGUGCAAACGACUACUACAUGGCUACUGGUCAAAUCGAGCAGACAAUUCAACACUUCGAGACUAUCAUUUCGCAGUGUCAGAACAUGUCUGUUCCUGCUACGCCUGACGGUCCUCUUCCAGGUACUAACAGCAUGUCUCCCCACGCCUACCCUUUCCAAAGCUUCACGUUCCCUCUCUACAACGAUGGUCGAGUCAACAGCACUCCAGGUUCUAUCCGAGGCGGUCGCGGACGCUCUUCAUCCAUGCUCUCCAACAUUUCCGGUUUCACCGAUGGCUUCGACGACAACAUGCAUUCACCUUCUGGUAAUGUUCUCGGCAAUCCUUGGAAUGCGCCUGGAUUGCUGAACGAACGUAACGGAAGUCAUGGCAGCGGUAGUCUUAGUUCAGGAACGUCUAGUCAAAGCUCGAGUCAGCGCGAUCCGAUGAGCCCUGUGCCCAACGUCAAACCUAUGAUGGCACGGAGCGCAACGGGGGGUAGCGGUGCGUACGCGAGUCCGAUUGGCACAGGUCGUUAG